AUGUUCAAACAUGUCAUGUCAGCAGAGAAUCCGCACCACUAUGAGCCACAAGGCUUUCAUCCCGUCCAUCUUGGCGACACCUUCAACAACGGACGGUACACCGUUCUGCACAAACUUGGCCACGGUGCAUCCUCGACCAUCUGGCUGGUCCACGACAAACAAACCGAUGGCUACGCGGCCCUCAAAGUCAUAGCUGCAUGGAAAUCAAGUGCCGAGGCGGCCGUAUUCGCGCAUCUAGACUCUCAUUUCGAUGCGAACGAGGAGGGCAGCAAUCAUGUCGCCCGCAUGCUUGACCAUUUUUUCCAUGACGGCCCCAAUGGGCGACACCAAUGCAUUGUCGGCGAAGUUUACGGCCCGGGCCUCAACUUGGAUGCCUUCUGGUUCUGGGACUCGGAAAGCUUUCCCGCGAAUAUGGUUCGCCGACUGUUUGGACAAGUUGCGUUAGGAGUCAGAUACCUGCAUCGACGAGGCGUUGCCCACGGCGAUCUCCACCCAGGGAAUGUCCUCCUUUGCCUGCCGAUGACUUGGUCCUCUUGGGAAGACAUCGAGAAGGAUAUAGGGGCUCCGAGAAGAAAAGAAUAUGGCGCAUCUCCCUCUCCUCAUCUGCCGAAUUAUCUGGUUCCGAGCCCCCUCGAUGGAGUAGACUUCCUCAGACGCUGCCUGAUCAGCCCCAAUGUCAAGAUCUGCGACUUCAGCGAGUCGACUAUCGUUGGCAUGACCACGCCACCUCCCCUCGCCUCGCCGUACGCUCUGCGUGCGCCGGAAUGCUUGCUCGGCUUCUCAAAUCACGCGACGCUGGAAAGCGACAUCUGGGCGCUUGCCGCGCUAUGCGGUAUGCUGUUCAGCGGCGGCGGAGGGUUGUUCAUGGACUACUCCGUAUCUCUGUUGAGCACCUCGAAGCCGACCAAGGACGCCAUAUUGCAGGAUAUGGUCCGGAAACUGGGUGAAUUUCCGGAGCCGAUGCGAUCGAGCUGGGCCAGCCGAGGAUAUGUCGACAACCAUGCACACCGGGCGCGGCCGACCUUGCUGUGGAAGGGGAUAGUUCGCGCGGGCGAAGAAUACGAAGCCUUGGAGACGUUACUCAGGUCCAUGCUGCGUUACGAGCCGACCCAACGGGCCACUGCCCAGGACGUUGUCGACAGCAGGUGGAUGGAGCAGUUUUGUCGUCGGGAGAUGGCGCCAAAUAACACUUUCGUGGUUGAGCUUCUUGACGAGUUCAAGCCGAGCGCUGAUUCGCCAUGA